AUGGAUGCACCGUUGUGUGUUCCCGUGACGUCAGAAACUGAGAGCACGCAAUCAACACAUCCUGAUCCAGAAGAUUGUAGCAAGUUUUACCAGUGCAAUGGAGAUACAACCAUUCACGGCACUUGUCCAACAGGAAUGUUUUACCAUGCAAAAGAUGUAUGUAGUUUCGACCAAUCGGAUUGCAACAGUUUUACAACACCUAUUUCAACAACAACGAUACCGGAUGAUAAUUCUAUGAAAAAUGAGAGUGCGUCGUCCACUAUAAGUUCAACGAUCACAACGCCAUCCAUAGAUAGUGCAAUUGAUCCAGAAUCAUAUUGUCUAUCAUCUAAUCCUAAUAUUCCAUCGUUUGUGAAAAGUUUAGACAAUUGUUCAAACUAUUAUAUUUGUGUUGAUCAAGCGCCAGUUCUUCAAAAGUGUGCGACAGGAAAGUACUGGAAUCCAAUCCAUCAGUACUGUGAUGACCCUGAAGCCGUUAUCUGUGAGCAUGAUCGUAUUGCUGAUCCGGAAGAAAUCUGUCAACAAAGGCCACUCAGUGGUAUUUCUUUCACUGCCAGUCCUAACAACUGUGGGGAAUACUACAUAUGCAUCAAACAAAAACCUUUUCGCAUGAACUGUGCGCCUGGUACUCAUUGGAACAGUAAUUCUAACCAAUGCGAUGAAGCUGACAUUGCUAACUGCAAGAUUUCAACCCCUUCAACAAUUGAUCUUGAUGAACUCUGUGCACAAAGAAAAGAUGUGUUUCUCAGCCAUCCCAGAUAUUGUGACCUUUACUUGUUUUGUCGUAAUGGUAAAUCUUCUACUCAACGCUGUCCAUUCCUUACCGACUGGGAUUCCGUCAAUAAACGCUGUACGCCACGUCACCAAACUAUAUGCACUAAGCAACGUUUCCAUUCAAGUAAAUAAUGGAAGCUAUAGAAAAUUUGCAACCAAGAUUUCCUUUUGUUUUUUUUUUUUCAUCAUUCUCGUUCAACAAUCAAUCAGUUUACUUAAUCGUUAGUUGAAACCAUCAAUGAAAUAUCAUUAAGAAAAGCUGCAGUAUAUUUAUCUUAUCAUUGCGUCAAGAAUAUUUUUUUA